AUGACCAAGAAUAAACUCAAUAAAUUUCAAUAUCACCCUAAAGUCGGCGAGUCGGUUCCAGAAGACCUGGAAAACGAACAAAACACAUCCAAGGGUCGACCCAAGGACGAUGCGACGACUACGCCUGCCACACGAUUGACUUGGCGAGACCUACUCGAGACUGGUGAAGGCGCUGACGACGAGAACACUUCGCCGAAUGAUCGACUACUCUGGGAUAAUAGACAGGAUAAUCUUUACAUGAACGCAAUAUCUCCCAUGUUAUCUCGAAAAGGGAGAAAACGUGCCAGAAGCUCGUCACCUGUGUCAUCGCCAAUCGCGGAAAAGCCAAAUACACCCUCGGUCAACGUCAAAAAGCUAGCACAGGCCCUCAAGUCGCCACACGCCGAUCCGACAUUGGAACUCUGGGAUAGAUACUCGCUAAAUGGACCCGAUAGUGCAGACAGCCCUUUGGGAUUAGCAAACCCAGCGUUGGCGCAGCUGAUGGCAUCUUCUUCGCCAAGACCCACGAAACAAGCGCCCGGCGAGUCCAGUCUACGACGAGCGAUAAGUUGUGGCUUGAACUGGCCUAAAAGGAGAAGGGUUGAAAGAUCAACCUCGGCCAGUCGAUUAAGCUUCGAGAAGGAAGAGAUGGAGGCUUCAAAAUCUUCAAUGGUAACAGCGCUACUCGAUACGGUGACUAGUAGCAUCAACGGGCAGAGCGAAGAGCCUCAAGAUACACCAGAAUCUCCUUCCCCUAAGAAGAGAAGGAUAGGUGCUACUAGUAGUGGUUCUCCAGUCCAGCUAAAACCCCAACCCAGACCUCAACCCCAGAUACAGCCACCAGCGCAAGCCCCCAUGCAGGAUGUAAUCAGACCACUGGCCGCGACCAAGGCUCCGGAGCCCGCAUUCUCAGACUACGGGGAUGACGAUUUCGACGAAUUUGACGACGAUACAAUAUUGCAGCUUGAGGCGAGCAUGACCGCAACCCAAUCGGAAAUAGGUCCUCGACCAGAGACAGCAGCAACAACGACGACAACUAAAAUCACAUUGCCGGACGAGUUCGAUGACAAGCUGCUGGAUGAAUUCGAGGACCUGGAUGAAGAUAUCUUCGAUGAGGCGGAGGAACUCAUUACAGCCAACUCCCAAUCGGUCCCCCAAGCCCCUGGAACAACAAAAGUUGAUGAUCUGGACGAGGACUUCGGGGAUGCCUUUGAAGGAGACUUUGAUUUCGAAGCCGUGGAAUUGGCAGCAACCCAAGCAGCUCAGAAUUGCACCGGAGACAGCCAGAAACCCAAGACAAUUCAACGAUAUCUGGUGACGAACGUUCUAGACGGCGAGUACACAGAUCAAUAUGGGAACGGACGACCAGAAAAGAUUCUUGUCAUUCAGGCGGACAACUCGAAGGAUAUCAAGACUGUCCACUUAAGGGGGUCAUGGUUUGAUACACCAGCUCAUGCAGAGGCCUAUGUCCACAUCAUAGGCGAUUUUACUGCACGGGGUCAGUGUGUCAUUGAUGACGCGCAAAAUCUCCUUAUUUUACAUCCCGAUCAACUUAUAUCCGCAACUGUGGUUGCUGAUUCUUUCGGAUGCAUGCGUCGUGCCGUGCUCCAAGAUCGAGUCAAGGCUACCAGUCCACCAACACCGCCCCUUGUUUACGGAACCAUGUUGCACGAAAUCUUCCAAGAGGCGCUCCUUGCGAACAAGUGGGACUUGCCAUUUUUAACCACCGUCAUUGAUCGGAUCACAGAGAAGCAUGUUGAAGAUCUUUAUACCAUUAAAGUUGGUAUACCGUCAGCACGCGAGCACCUACAAUCCAAGAUGACCGAACUGAGCUACUGGGCUGGCGCUUUUGUAUCUUCACAAGCCAAGGCUGAUGCAGUUGUCGAAGACCGAAAUGGCAAGAAGGCCAACAUGGCUGUUACAAAGCUUCUAGACGUCGAGGAACAUGUCUGGUCCCCGAUGUACGGAUUGAAAGGCAACAUCGAUGCGACCGUUGAAGUUUCAAUGCAAGACGGAAAAGACCUUCGCACCUUGACCGUCCCAUUUGAAGUCAAAACUGGCAAGCAUGCAAACAGUAACCACAUGGCACAGACCGCACUAUAUACACUACUCCUGUCGGAUCGAUACGACAUUGAGAUUGCUUAUGGCAUUCUCUACUAUAUGGAAACAUCCAAAACGAUGCGCAUUCCCGCAAUUCGCCAUGAGCUUCGACAUAUGGUUAUGCAGCGAAACCAGCUAGCAUGCUACGUCCGUGAGCGUAGCGUUCAAUUGCCGCCGAUGCUCAAGAGCAAACAUAUGUGUGGCAAAUGCUACGCAAAGACAUCUUGUUUUAUCUAUCACCGACUCGCUGACGAUGGAGACGGCGAAUCAAGUGGAAUGAAUGAGAAAUUUGAUGAGCUUGUCAAACACUUGACUCCUCAUCAUCAGCAAUUCUUUAUCAAAUGGGAGAACUUGCUCACCAAAGAAGAGAAAGAGAGCCAAAAGACCAAGAGAGAAUUAUGGACGAUGACUAGUGCCGAGCGAGAAAAGAAGUCGCGGUGCUUUGCAGAUGUCAUUAUUGAAGAGGGUUCGGCGUCAGUCGACACAGACAACCCCAGAAUCAAUCGUUAUCACUACACCUUUAUCAAACGGAACCGGGUUGCGGGCUUCUCAUUCCUCGAGUCUGAGUUGAAUGUGGGAGAGCCAAUCGUGGUUUCUGACGAGGAAGGCCACUUCGCUUUGGCCAUUGGCUAUGUCACAGCAGUCAAGAGGCAGCGAAUCAGUGUGGCGGUUGACAGGCGUCUACAUAAUGCUCGAAUUCGGCAGCCUGGAUUCGAUGAGAUUGACAACCAGGUCUUCGCUAGUAUCAUGGAUGUCGCUCAUGAGGGCGCAACUCAGGAUGAAACCACUGGCAAGAUCAAAGAGGCCCCUAUCAGAUACCGGCUCGAUCAGGAUGAGUUCAGUAACGGAAUGGCGACUGUCCGAAAUAACCUCGUACAAACGAUGGCAGACGACGUCUUCGGAGCGAGGCAAAUUCGACGACUAAUUGUUGAUUUGGAAGCCCCCAGAUUCAAGGCAGCUCCCACGCAGUACACCGUGUCAGACCGAGACAACCUCAAUGUUGACCAACAUCGAGCAAUCGAGAAGGUCAUGAGUGCUCAGGAUUAUGCACUCGUUCUUGGAAUGCCGGGUACUGGAAAAACAACGACUAUCGCCCACAUUAUCCGGGCUCUGACCUCCCAGGGCAAAAGUGUGCUCCUUACCUCGCAUACCCAUACAGCUGUCGACAACAUUCUUCUCAAGCUUAGGGCGGAUAAGAUAUCUAUUCUUCGUCUCGGUGCUCCUGCCAAGGUGCACCCCGAAGUUCAGGAGUUUGCUACGCUUGCUGGCAUUCCAAUGAAGUCAUUUGACGAGAUCAAGGAGGCCUGGCAUGGAACCCCGAUUGUUGCUACAACAUGUCUCGGCAUCAAUCAUCCCGUCUUUCAUGAACGCACAUUCGACUACUGUAUUGUGGACGAAGCAUCUCAAAUCACCCUCCCUAUUUGCGCUGGUCCCAUUAGGAUGUCUCGCACCUUCGUUCUUGUUGGUGACCACAACCAGCUGCCCCCUGUGGUGAGGAAUGAAGAAGCGCGCGAAGGCGGCCUUGAUGUCAGUCUGUUCAAGCUUUUAUCAGACACCCAUCCUGACUCAGUUGUCAAUUUGGAACACCAAUACAGAAUGUGCGAGGAUAUCAUGACUCUGAGUAACACAUUGAUUUAUGACGGGAAGCUUCGUUGUGGCACGGAGCAGCUCAAAAAGAAGAAGCUCCACGUUCCCCGAAUGGAAGCUUUAAUGCAACGUCAUUACGACGCGUCAACUAUCCAUGCAGCAACGCCUCGGUCAUUCUGUACUGCGCCAGGCCCCAGUCGCUGCUGGCUAUAUGACCUUCUCGACAGUGAAGCUCGGGUGCGUUUCAUUAACACUGACACCAUCCAGCCACCUGUACGUGAAGAAGCUCAAGGCAAACGAAUUGUCAACUCAGCUGAAGUUCGCAUUGUCUCUCAGCUCGUUGACAGUUUGUUGACAGUUGGAGUGCCAGACACGGAGAUUGGUGUCAUGACGCAUUAUCGAGCGCAGCUAUUCAUGCUGAAAGACAAGCUCAAAGCAUUCUCUGGGGUAGAGAUGCACACCACAGAUCGCUUUCAAGGACGAGACAAGGAGGUCAUAGUCCUUAGUCUGGUACGAAGCAAUGAAGCGUGUAAUAUUGGAGAUUUAUUGAAGGACUGGAGACGAAUUAAUGUCGCUUUCACGCGAGCGAAGACGAAGCUGCUCGUUGUGGGAAGCAAAUCGACGCUCAAGGGCAGCGGGAGCGACAGCAUGCUGAGCCAAUUCAUCUCUUUAAUGGAGGAACGAGAUUGGAUUUAUGAAAUGCCCGCGAAUGCAUUGGAGAAUCAUUAUUUUGAAGACUUUGGCACACAGAUUACAACUGCGGGUGCGACACAAAAGACAAAGUCGCCACGAAGGAAAGCCGUUGGAAAGGAGAAUCGCAGACAUUCACCAAGAACGGCCAGGAUUGGCGACAAGGCGUUACUAAAGGAUAAACACAUCACGAGGGAUAUUUUGAACGAAAUGACCAAUGGCGCAUAUGUUUGA